AUGAAGGUCAAAAAUCCAACGGAUGCACAAUUGCAAAAUUCCGAUUACGAGAUCAAGGAGCAAGACCGCUAUCUUCCAAUAGCCAAUGUCACAAGGGUGAUGAAGAAAGCUUUGCCAGAGAGGGCCAAGCUAUCAAAAGAAGCCAAGCAGUGCGUGCAAGAGUGCGCAUCGGAGUAUAUUUCGUUCAUCACAUCGCAGGCACUGGACUAUUGUGCAUUCGAAAAAAGGAAAACCCUCAAUGGAGAGGAUGUGCUACGGGCCAUGUCUGCCCUAGGUUUUGAGCAUUAUGCUGAAACACUAAAAAUUUACUUGGCCAAGUAUAGACAAAUCGCCUGA